ACAUCCUGGUGUACGUGGUGGUCCUGGCCUUUGUCAUACUCAACAUGUUUGUGUCCAUCCUGACGGAUUCCUUCUCCGCGGUCAGGAGAGACGUACAGUCACAGACCAACGACUACGAGAUCGUUGACUUCAUGAUUGGUCGACUGAAGAAGUGGACAGGCUUGGGCACUCAGCCAUCCACCACAAUAGAUCCCAACGUCAACAAAACCUUAGAUGGUUAUGCUAAUGAUGACGAGGAAGACGAUGAAGAUAAAUUUGACGAGGCGAUCAAUCCAAACAUGGCCAUGUUCCCGUCUAGAAUAGACAAACUCUUGAACUCCUUGUCUGCCAUCUACCAGGAGAAUGACAGUCUGGCUGGAUUACCUAAGCCGUGGAUGAAACAGCCGUACCAAGCCCCACCUAGAUGUGAUCAGUUAAGUUUCAGGCCACCCAGUGCAGCACGGGAUCGUUUUAGGCCACCCAGCACUUCACAAGAUGGUUCAAGGCCAACUAGUGCAGUACGUUUCAGGCCACCCAGCAGUUCACAAGAUGGUUCAAGGCCAACUAGUGCAGUACGCGAUCAUUCACGGCCAACUAGUGGGGCCCAGAAAAGGCGCUCAAGUUUGUCCAAAGUUGAAACUUCUUAACCUUGAAGUCAUACCCCUUCAUCUGAUGCCGUGAAAUCUAAUCCUUCUGUCUUUGGACUUGAAAAAAGAAUUAAUUUUGUUGGUGACUAGCUAAUCUUAGAUGCAGCCACAAGACAGUUAUAAUAGGCCUAUAGUGAAUAUUUGAAGACAUUAUUUUAUAGCUGUGUUAACUCCACAUUUUUUAAACACAUUUUUUUUGGCACUUUCUUUAUCAAAAACAUGUGUGCUAUACUUACAUUUUAACAGUUGACAUGUCCAUGUUGUAAAGUUUACAAGUGCUUGUGACAAAGAGAAAUAUUUCUUGGCACAUUCGUUGUUUUUUUGUGUAGAGUUGCUGGACAUUUUGGAAAAAUGGUGUAACACAAGAGGAAGUUAAUGGUCAGUUGUGUUUAAUUAUGUGCCCAUAUAGAUCUAUGAUAGGAAGUUAAUGGUCAGCUAUCUGUGCCCAUAUAGAUCUAUAAUAGGAAGUAAUGGUCAACUAUGCACAUACUAAAAAAUAAUGAUCAGACAUGUUUAAAAAUUUCCCCUAUCAAUUCUGUGAUAAUGUUGUACUUUGCCUCUUGCUUAACAUUUUUAAAAUGUGCUAUCAAAUUAUCUACUUUUUAAGCUAUUUUUCUUUCUCUUUCGCUUUGUUUUUUAAAUUGUACCCACAUUUUUUCACUGAGAAACUUGUAAAAAAAAGGUUUGUCUUGAAUACAAUGUAAAUACAGCCUAUAUUUCUUUACAAUGUAACAAACAUUAUUUAUACACAUUCAAAAUUUGUUUACAAAAAUCUAUUUCAUGAAACAUUAUACUUUUUGAGUAUCUUGCUGAUGUUUACAAAAAUCUAUUUGAUAAAACAUUAUACUCUUUGAGUACCUAGCUGAUGUUUACAAAAAUCUACCUGAAGAAUCUACACCUAUCCGUCCAGAUUUACAGUGUUUUGUUUUUGUGUUUAAUGUUGUUUCUGUAAGUUA